AUGGCGCCCGGCAGUAUCAAGAAAUACGCCAGCGACAGCGAAGCCGAGCAGCGGCAAGAGCAAAGAACGAUCUACCGGCGCCACGAACGUCAUACACAGAUAGUUGGAGAAGAAGCUGAUACCAAAAGCAGUACUGCAGAGAUCGCCGCGAACUCUCCGAGAUAUCGCAGACGCUCGUCCACCUUCAUUGACGGCGUUCACGAUGUCAAGGAUGACAAAGGAACGCUUCAUAUGGCCCCGGCCCAGCUCUACAGCACCAUGUCCGGUAGACUCUUCCACUCUGGAAAGAUCGCCAUCGUACUCGUCGGCCUCCCAGCUCGUGGAAAGACGUUGGGUGUAAAGACUCGUAUUUUCCAUCUUGGAGACUAUCGUCGUGCGACCAUCGGUGAAGGAGUUGGAAUUCCAGAGGACUACUUCUUCACAGAUGCAUCCGCUUCUUCGGUCAUACUUCGCCAGAAGAUUAUCAAGAAGUGCCGCGGAGAUCUUUAUGCCUGGCUCAAUCAUGAAAAUGGCCAAGUUGCGAUCUACGAUGCUGUCAACCCUCUCUCUACGGGUCGUCAAUCGCUUGCCAAGGAAUUCGCGAAGCACGAUGUUCAGACCCUCUUCCUCGAAUCCUACGUUACCGAUCAGAACAUCUUAGAGGAGAACGCCCGCAGUGUCAAGAUCUCUUCUCCCGAUAUCGUUAACAGAAGACAGUUCGUCGGCAUGGACCCCAACGAGGCUGCCAAGCUAUACCUGAGAAGAAUCGACAUGCGAAUUCCUUCGUUUGAAACUAUGACCGAAGUUGACCUCAACUUCGUGAAGAUGAUCAAUGCUGGCCGGAGCAUCGAGUACAAUAAUGUCAGUUUCGGAUACCUUUCUCACCGCAUCGUCUUCUAUCUUAUGAAUCUUCACAUCAAAUCUCGUGUCACGUACUUCGCCCGUGCCGGAACAUCAGGCAAGGAGGAUCUGUACAAGACCGAUGCGCCACUUGGCAAGGAAGGAAAGGAAUAUGCACAGAAGCUGGCCGACAUGCUUCUUAGUCACAGAGAGCAGGAGAGAGAGACAUUGAUCGAAGCCGGCGGUUCGGACGCACCUCUGAGACCAUUGACGGUCUGGACUUCCAUUCGCAAGAGAACAGUCGAGACGGCAGAGUCCUUCAAGGAACGUGGCUUCAGAGUUCGUCAGAGAUCGCAGAUGAGCCAGCUCAAUCCAGGUGACUGUGAAAAACUUUCAGAUAGCGCCAUCCGUCGACUCUACCCAGAUGAGGUAGACAAGCAUCUGGCUGACCCUUACCAUCACCGCUAUCCCCGAGCUGAGUCCUAUCACGAUCUUGCAGUUCGCCUUGAGCCAAUCAUCCUCGAACUUGAACGUGAGCAGAACGAUCUUCUCAUCAUCGCCCAUGAGUCUGUUCUUCGCGUCCUGUACGGUUACCUGAUGGCUUGCGAGGCUAUGAGCAUCCCAAACUUGAGGUUCCCCCGCAACGAGGUCGUCGAAAUCAUUCCUGCUUCGUACCACAAUGAGGCUAAGCGACUCAAGAUCCCGGGUCUCAGCCCCGAGAUCAAACCCGGUUUGCCCGAGGACGUCAAGAUCCCCGCCCACUCCAGCGGCCCUGUCAGUGCUACUUCCGGAAUCGGUACUCCAUCUUCCAACAAGGGCACACCCACGGCCGAGCAGUCCAAUCCUCUGAUAAAGGCCGAAAAUCCGCUUUCGAAGGACUAA